AACUGCGGGGCCUAGGGAAGGCCGGGGAACCGCGGCCUCACUUAACAAAGAGUCAGCGGAGCGCUUGGGCUCCGGAGGCCCAGGGAGCUGGCGGGGGGUAGGAGUGCGGGGCUGAGGCCCCAAAAGGUUCUUCCGAGCCGCGUCGCCCUCCCACGGCUCUUGCUUCUCCCAUACUCUUGCGGAGGCCCAUUUGGCGGCUUUCCCGAGGCGGCGCCGGCUCGCUUGGCUGCGGAAGGGAUUUGCAAGGUGCUGAGCUCCUUGGUAGGGGUAGCCACCGGGGGAUUCUGAUUUUAGCCGGCAGCAGUUGGCAGAGGCAAGCCUCCAAGUCAGAGGGAACCUGUAGGCAAAAGUUGCCAAGUCGGAAGGCGAGAGACAAAGUCGGUGAUCUUCGUGCAGUCUUCAGAAGAUAGUGAUUAGCAUCACUAUCGUUACCCAAACUUUUUUUGCGGCCUGCCUAAAAGCCUGUCUAAUAUCCAUUGUUGACACCAUGAACUGGAAUAAAGGUGGCCCUGGCACGAAGAGGGGGUUUGGCUUUGGAGGUUUUGCCAUUAGUGCUGGAAAGAAGGAGGAACCCAAACUCCCACAACAGUCCCACAGUGCCUUUGGGGCAACCAGUUCUUCUUCUGGAUUUGGAAAGUCUGCUCCACCACAGCUCCCUUCUUUCUACAAAAUUGGAUCUAAACGAGCCAAUUUUGAUGAAGAAAAUGCAUAUUUUGAAGAUGAGGAAGAAGACUCGAGCAACGUUGAUUUACCUUAUAUUCCUGCUGAAAACUCGCCUACUCGCCAGCAGUUCCGUUCCAAGCCUGCAGAUUCCGACAGUGAUGACGAUCCCUUGGAGGCGUUCAUGGCUGAAGUAGAAGAUCAGGCAGCUAGAGACAUGAAGAGGCUUGAAGAAAAGGACAAGGAAAGAAAAAACGUAAAGGGUAUUCGAGAUGACAUUGAAGAGGAAGAUGACCAAGAAGCUUAUUUUCGGUACAUGGCAGAGAACCCAACUGCUGGUGUGGUUCAAGAGGAAGAGGAAGAUAAUUUGGAAUAUGAUAGUGAUGGAAAUCCAAUUGCACCUUCCAAAAAAAUCAUCGAUCCUCUUCCUCCCAUUGAUCAUUCAGAGAUUGACUAUCCGCCAUUUGAAAAAAAUUUUUACAAUGAGCAUGAAGAGAUAACCAACCUCACCCCACAGCAGCUGAUAGAUCUCCGGCAUAAGCUCAAUCUUCGGGUCUCUGGUGCCGCACCUCCUAGACCAGGAAGUAGUUUUGCUCAUUUUGGGUUUGAUGAACAACUUAUGCACCAGAUUCGGAAAUCUGAAUACACACAGCCCACUCCAAUACAGUGCCAGGGUGUGCCUGUGGCAUUAAGUGGAAGAGACAUGAUUGGUAUUGCCAAAACAGGCAGUGGAAAAACUGCAGCCUUUAUCUGGCCCAUGCUGAUUCAUAUAAUGGACCAGAAGGAACUGGAACCAGGUGAUGGACCAAUUGCAGUGAUUGUGUGUCCCACUAGGGAGCUUUGCCAGCAGAUCCAUGCGGAAUGUAAGCGGUUUGGGAAAGCAUAUAAUCUCCGAUCAGUGGCCGUGUACGGUGGAGGGAGCAUGUGGGAGCAAGCCAAGGCCCUUCAGGAAGGGGCAGAGAUCGUUGUGUGUACCCCAGGCCGACUGAUUGAUCAUGUAAAGAAGAAAGCUACCAAUCUUCAAAGAGUCUCUUACCUUGUGUUUGAUGAAGCAGAUCGAAUGUUUGACAUGGGAUUUGAGUACCAGGUGCGAUCCAUAGCCAGUCAUGUCCGUCCUGACAGACAGACUCUCUUAUUCAGUGCAACUUUUCGGAAAAAGAUUGAAAAACUGGCCAGAGACAUCCUGAUCGACCCUAUUCGAGUGGUGCAGGGAGACAUCGGAGAGGCAAAUGAAGAUGUGACACAGAUUGUGGAGAUUCUCCAUUCUGGGCCUAGUAAAUGGAACUGGCUUACCCGGCGUUUGGUGGAGUUUACUUCUUCGGGGAGUGUCCUCCUGUUUGUUACUAAAAAAGCCAAUGCUGAGGAGCUAGCCAAUAACCUUAAACAGGAGGGUCAUAAUCUUGGGCUGCUUCAUGGGGACAUGGACCAGAGUGAAAGAAACAAGGUCAUUUCAGACUUUAAGAAAAAGGACAUCCCCAUCCUGGUGGCCACAGAUGUUGCAGCUCGUGGUCUGGACAUUCCUUCAAUUAAGACUGUCAUUAACUAUGAUGUGGCACGAGACAUUGAUACCCAUACUCACAGGAUUGGCCGCACGGGACGAGCGGGUGAGAAGGGUGUGGCCUAUACCUUGUUGACCCCCAAGGACAGCAAUUUUGCUGGUGACCUUGUCCGGAAUUUGGAAGGAGCCAAUCAACACGUUUCCAAGGAACUCCUAGAUCUGGCCAUGCAGAAUGCCUGGUUUCGAAAAUCCCGAUUCAAAGGAGGGAAAGGCAAGAAGCUGAAUAUUGGUGGAGGAGGCCUGGGCUACAGGGAGCGGCCUGGCCUGGGCUCAGAAAACACGGAUCGAGGGAACAACAACAAUGUAAUGAGCAACUAUGAGGCCUACAAGCCCUCCACGGGAGCCAUGGGAGAUCGGCUGACGGCAAUGAAAGCGGCUUUCCAGUCACAGUACAAGAGUCACUUUGUUGCUGCCAGCUUAAGCAACCAGAAGGCUGGAAGUUCUGCUGCUGGGGCAAGUGGAUGGACAAGUGCAGGGAGCUUGAAUUCUGUUCCAACUAAUUCAGCCCAGCAGGGCCUUAACAGUUCUGACAGCCCCGCUGCCAGUGCCACCAAGGGCAUCCCAGGCUUUGGCAAUACUGGGAACCUCAGCAGUGCCCCGGUGACGUACCCCACUGCCGGAGCCCAGGGAGUCAACAACACAGCUUCAGGGAGUAACAGCCGAGAAGGGAUUGGGGGUAGCAAUGGGAAAAGAGAGAGAUAUACUGAGAACCGGGGUGGCAACCGUCAUAGCCAUGGAGAGAGUGGCAGUGGCAAGCAUGGCGAUAGCCCACAUCAUGGAGAUGGUGGUCGAUACGGAGAUGGAUACCGCUAUCCAGAAAGCAGUAGCCGGCAUGCCGAUAGCCAUCGUCAUGGGGAGAACAAGCAUGGAGGAGGUGGAAGCCGACAUGGGGAGAGUCGAGGUGCAAGUGAUGGCCGGAAUGGUGAAAACAGGAAAGAAGGUUGUAACCGUGAAAGCAAGGUGGACCCCAAGGUGGACAGCAAGACGGACAAGAUGGACAGCAAGACAGAUAAGACAGCUGAUGGUUUUGCUGUCCCUGAGCCACCCAAGCGCAAGAAAAGCAGAUGGGACAGUUAGAUGGUAUGUGCUGAAGUGUGAAAUCCUUUAAUUUUAUUUUUAGAAAGAUUUUUGGUAACUAGGUGUCUCAGGGCUGGGUUGGGGCCCAAGGUGUAAAGGCCCUCUGCCCUUAGUGGAUAGCUGGCGCUUGGAGACAUUACCCCUUCUGGAUUUUCAGAUUAUUUUCUUGGGAAACUGCUUUGGUCCUUAGGAGUAAUGAGAGCUGGGAAGCUUCUUUUUGGCUCUGGAUUUGUGAGGGUCAGGUGAGGAUACUUGGGAAGAAAGGGCCUUAUAGGGUACAAAGCUCACUCUAGGUUUGUAUUAUGUGUAGUGUAUAUUUUUUACUGUCAUCUUACAAACAUCCUUUUUUGUAGCUAUGUGGCUAGGCAGUUGCUUUAGGAGUCGGCGUCUGCAAACACAGUCCUUUAAGGUAUAGGGAUGUUUGGAAAGCUGGUGCUUCCAGACAUUUGCAGGGAAGGGAGGUACCUGAUUCCUAAAUGGAGUCAGUGUUCUCAGGUUCCCCAGCCAGGUUGGAUCCAGCCCAGAGAUGGGCGGCAGCAGCCUACCUGACCUAGAGCCACUGUUGGAGGAAUGAUGACCCUGAAAACAGAUUGCUUCAGGUCUGCGUGAAGUAUUGCUAAAUUAAAAA